GCGACGCCACUGUCCGCAAACGCACUCACCAGCCCAGAAAACUUCAUCCUUCGUGAAUCACCUACACCACAGUCGCUACAAAUCUAACGGGUUCGUGUCACGCUGUUGAACAAAACACAGUCUUGGCAUAACGCAAAAUAAUAUCAUUUUAAAUGUCAAACAGUGAAUAGCCGAAGUGUCCGAUCCAAAUUUCCAAAAAGGAGAACAUUCGCUGAUGAACGAUCUCGUGACAGUUCGAGUGGUCUAACCUUGGCUUAAUUCGUCAUUAGGAACCUGUGCGAGGUGUUUUGAUUGAAAUGGAAUUCAAAUUCAACAUCAACGAUGUCUUCAAGAUGCCAGUUGUGGAAAUCAAUCAAAGUUUGAUUCCCCCGGGAUUCGAGGGAGACAGGAGGGCGUUGUGGGACACCGUCAACAAAGUAACAGAAGUUGUGAACGCCAUGGGGGAAGCUUCAGCAGCCGCCCAAGGACUAACAAAAGCGAUAACGACCGCAGAGCGACUCAGAAAUUCAGAGCACAAACUCUAUUUCCUCAUCGAUCAGAAUGCGAACAACGGAAAAGGGGCCGUUACGGGAAUGCUGAAGACGGGAUCUAAAGGUCUCUACGUGUUCGACAGGGAUGGACAGCAUUAUCAAGUGUCACCUCCUUGCGUAUUGGAUUUCUAUAUACAUGAGUCCCGCCAGCGCACAGGCCUGGGGAAAAAACUGUUCGAACAUAUGCUAGAGCGGCACUCCAGUUAAAAAGGACUCUGCUAACGGCUUACAAACAUACACUUCUCCUGUAGGGCGUUAUGGAGCUCAUAGACCGCCUUGCAGCAUGGGACAGAUAAUCCAUAACCAAACAUCGACGAUAAACAAACGACAGGAACCAGCAGGCAGAGUUCAGUCCAUGCCUGUCACGAAUUAUCAAGGUAACCAAAGUCCACAACAACCAAAUCCUUGCGUAUCCCAAAGCGUCCCAAACAUCCAACACCGGGAGCGAGCAAUGAUUGAGAACUAUUAUCCCAACCAGCAACAUAUCAACCAAGAAGGCCAACCUGAUGGAAACGAUCUACAAACAUCUUUUCAGAAUCAGAUGAGGAUUAGUAGUCAACAAAAUAUUCCCGGAAAUUUUAACCAGAUAAGCAAUCUCACACCAUCUGUGAAUUAUGUAAAUAUGCCCCAACCGUCUGUAGGUGGUUUAAGCCCUGCUCAUCAUUACCUUGACCCAAAUAUGAACAAUCAGUACAUGGUUCAAACAAACUCACCCCAUACUCCGGUAACAACAAAUACUCAGCAGUGUUAUCAAAACUACAAUGCAGAAAAGAUGGCUCCUCAAUAUCUUCCACAAAUCCCCACUGUGAAUGAACGUAUCAACAUUCCACAAAGCUUGAGCACCAACCAGAUACAAAAUCUUCAAGGUACGAUGAAUGCCGAUAAUGGCCAACAUGUCUAUCAAGCCAGUGAUCAACAAAACAUUAACACAACUAUGCAGCCGCCGCAAUAUUUGGAGAAACCAUUGCAGAACGAAUACCAAGCCACUCAGAUUCAAAGGAAUCAAUCUUUUAACAAUUCUGCUAACCCUGUGCUAGCCCAAAACAUGUAUCAACAACCUUUAAAUAAUAUGCAGACUCAAAUAGUUCAUCAGCAUCAACAAGACAGGAUGAUCCCCACGACUACGCAGAGUCAAUUUGUUAACCAAAUGCAUCAAGAUCAAAAGGCAUAUCAGAAUUCAGAACUGCCUACCAGUACCCCACAGUUAGCUCCUCCACUUCAAACUGUACAUAAAAUUCCACCGCAAACUUAUUUGCAGAAGCCUCAAAUAUCUAAUAAUCCCCAGCGUAUGGUAGAUGGAUCAACUCCUGAGGCUCAAAAUCAUUAUCAAGCGUCAAUUCCAUCACAGACCUAUAUUCCUCAAACACUUAAUAAUCAGCAUCCAAUGUUCUAUCCACCAGUCCCUAUGACUCAGAAUCAGGGGGCAAAUCCAUCACAGACUCAUAUGCCUCAACCUCAGACGAUCAAUAAUCAGCAGCUUGUGGAUGGAUCAGCGCCUAUGGCUCAAAAUCAGCAGGUCCUCAGUCAGAACCAAGUUCUACAGAAUCCUGCAAUGAGUUUCAACGAGAAGCAAUUCCUUCAACCGCUACCACCAAAUGUUACUAACAAUUUGAAUACUUCUGAGCAGCAAAGUAUCGGUUAUAACCAGCUCCAAAGAAAUACUUCCGUACCCGACUACCAACAACUACAAUCACCUUAUCAACAAGUGUUGAAUAACAACCAGCCUGCAGUAUCUGCAAUGAACUCAAAUGAUAAUCGAUUUCAGCAACAAGCCAUGCCUCAAACAAACGAAGUAGUAAGCUCAUCUCCGCUCAACGAUAGGGUAAUCAACCCUCCAAAUAUCACUCAAAGCAUUCCCAACCAAUUAUACCAGAUGAGACAUCCCCCUCUACCUCUGGGUCAGUACCAUCAUCAAAGCGCGAUGGAUCUGCAACAAAAACAAGCUGGAAUUCAGAAAAUCAGGUAUCCUUACAAUGUCGGAAAGAAUACAGCAGAAGUUGUUGAUCAAAAUGUUUGGAAACAAAACGACAAACAGGUUGGACAAGUUGAAGAUCAUAUCCAGCAGAAGACGAAUUCUACACCAGUAGAUACUCAAAGGGCCGUGAGUCAGUCUUACUCAGUACCGAAUGUUUAUGGAAAUUUUCAAAACACUCAGCAAAAUGUUCGAAGAGGUGAUUUGGUAAAACCAGUGGCCAAUGGCCCCAAUGCCCGCGAAGUUACUGAAGAAGGAGUUCUGAAGUAUGGUUAUCCUGUACAAAUGACCAAAUCUCAAGUUUUCGCUCAGGCGAAUAUUAUUCGCCAACCGGCCUCCUAAAAAUCCUGAUUCCAAUUAAUCCUCUUCCAGAAUACCCUGAGUGCAGGGCACAAAUAGCUUCCCAGUAAAUACAUGUAUUCUUAGAAAUAAUGAAAUAUUCCAGUAAUGUUCAGAAUGACGUCGAUCCAAAUCCAGUCAAAUUAGAACGUCCUCGAUCUCUUACGAUU